AAUUGUAUGCAGCAAAUUUUAGCAGCAAAUUUUAACAAAAUUGGCAUCUUGGCCUAAUCUGUAAAUUUUAUUUUUUGUGUAUGGCAUUUUGGCCUACUCUGUAACUUUUUUGCAUCAAAAUCAUUCUAGAACCUUGGGCAAGGAGUUGAAACAUUGUAGUAUAUAGACUGCUCUUUAGUUCAGUAAAAGUGUCUUUGAAAUGAAAGCAAAAAUGGUUUAUUAGCUGCAAUGUACAGACUGAUAUUGUUUAAGAAGACAAGCCAUAGGCUCUGUGAUUGGUUUCACUUGUCAUUAUAUAGAUUCUAAGCUUAAUAAGGAUUCAGAUGGCGGCAUUUAUUACACAUUAUCAGUUGAGAUUUUCAUUGGCUGCGCAGGGUUGCGCAGGUUCGAGCCUUUUUGUAACAUAAAUUUUCAUUGGUUGAAAACACUUUCGGCAUUUUUGUAAAAGGAUGUGUCUUUCCUGCGUAAGAUCACACUCUUACUUUGACUUUACGUGUUUAACCUGUUGUUUUAAUUCAUACUUUUGUGAAUAAAAUAAAAGAAAAAGAAAGGACACUUAUAUCUUCUUGGUUUUUUAGAUACCUUGGAAGAGGGUCAUUGUGAAGGUCGGUGCGAACCGCACAAAACUUGGUGGGUACAGAGGUUCAUCCUGCCCUCUCAAUUAGCGAGCGAACGGAAUGGUAUUGACGACAAAACCAUCAGCCGUCAACGUUGUUCAAACUAGAUCGCACAGCGCCAGUUCGUCAGCAGCCAGUUCCACCACAAACACAGACACAACAUCGCACAGCGCCAGUUCAUCAGCAGCCAUUUCUGGCACAAACACAGCUUCAACAUCAACUAAUACGACAGUUUCAACAGCUGCGAUAACACCAGUACGCAACAUGGGCGCCAGUCUACACAUGGAAUAUUUCAAUGGAGAAAAUGGGGAGGAUAUUGAGAAGUUCCUCAAAAGGUUUGAUCAAUAUUGUACUUGUACAAACAUUAAAGAUGAUCAAGCGGUAGCACAGCUAGCAUGGCACUUAGGUGGCUUUGCCAGACUUUAUGAUGAAAGUCAGUCACCUGCACCAACAACCCUAGACCAGCUUAAAACCUUGCUGACAAACAAAUUUAAAUUGGAAAACCCUGUAAAUCUGGACAUUUUUAAUAUGAAACAAGAAAUUAGUGAAAAUGCCGAACAGUUUCUAACACGUCUGGAAGCAGAAACAUUUAAGACAAAUAUCAAAGAAGACUUGCAAGUGCAAAUCGCAUUGAACGGAUUACACCCAAGUGUAAGUUCGACAAUAUCUACACAUGGGCCGAAAAAUUUAUCAGAUGUAAGAAACUUAGCUAGACGUUUGACUAAUGUUAGUCAUACAGCACCAAUCGCGUCGGUGAUCUCUAAUGUCGCGGACCUGGGAAAUACAAUGAACAUUUUGACAGCUGCGGUAUCCCAGCUAUCGACCAUCAUGACGAAUCCGGAACGCUGCCAGCAACCGAGCCAGGGAAACAGUCCACAGCAUCGCCGCCAGCAAGGAGACUCGAGUGAACAAGCCUGUUCAAGAUGCGGAGGUAGGUGUACUUCAACUAAAUCUUGUAAGGCAUGGGGUAAAACUUGCAGUAAAUGUGGCUAUAAAAAUCAUUUUGCGAAUAAAUGUCGCACUGGUCGCGAUAAACUUCAGGAAAAUCAAAAUGAUUCGAGUUAG